AUGCCAGCAACAGUGGGUCUGGCAAUCAACACAUUGAGAAUGCUUUAUGGCAUGCCUGACAUUAUUCAUCAAACAAUGCAGAUGAAAUUGAGACAAGAGCCAGCAGUUAGGGCCGAUAAAUUGGAAACGCUCAUAGCAUUUUCACUUUCAGUGCAAAACUAUCGCGCUACAAUCCAGGCGGUAGGCCUGGCCGAUUAUUUAAACGAUCCUGUGCUGCUUAAUGACUUGGUAGCCAAAUUGCCAAGCGAUCAAAGGCUCAAUUGGGGCGGCUAUCGUAUGUCGCUCAGUCGCGUCGACAUUGCUGUGUUUGACGAUUGGCUUUUUGGGCUUGCUACAUGCGCGAGUCAAGUAACAAGAUGUGAACCACCCACAACAGCUGCCUUUGAAAAUAUUGAAGUAAAGAAAGGCCGCAAUUCCCACAAUGGGGUUGACGGCUGCCAGAUGGCACACAACGCUCUUCUGCAUACACCUGUUCCCGUUAAGAGCAACGUCGGUCAUGAGCAAACAGCGCUAUACCACGAACGUCAUUCAGGCUCACCAAAGGAGAAGCAGAACUCGCUAUUCAGGUACGUCGCCGUUACUGUUCGUAACGCAUCCAAAUCUGUUGACACAUAUGCACUCAUCGACGAAGGCGCGUCUUGUACUUUAUUUGAAAACGAGCUUGCAGAUUACCUUGAAUUGGACGGGCCGUCCGAGGCGUUGUGUCUGCGAUGGACUAACGAAAUUACUCAAAGCGAAAAUAACUCCAAGUUUGUAAGUUUUGAGAUCGCAUCGACACAGUUGGGCUCUCCAAACUACUUGUUAAGAGGCGUACGCACUAUUGCUCGUUUAGGCCUGCCUGUUCAAACAUUGGACCGCGAUACCAUGGAGAAGCAUGCCCAUCUCAAAGGUCUACCUAUACUACCAUAUAACGGUGCUAGGGCUCGGAUUCUUAUUGGAGUCGACAACGCGAAAGUCUGUGUGCCAAUUGAAGUUAAGGAGAGUAGCACCUCCAACCUGAUUGCUGCUAGAUGCCGGCUGGGAUGGACCGUUUAUGGUCGAGACAGACCUGAACACGCAGUGAUGCCCCGCGUGCUCCACAUCUGCAGCUGUGAUCCUACGAGCAGGGACCGAAUGGACGAACAGAUGAAGGCGUAUUUUGCUAUCGACGCUAUCGGUGUCUAUGCGCCAGCUAAGCCGCUUCGGUCAAAGGAUGAUGAACGCGCUUUACAAUUGAUGGAAAAAUUCACCAAGUUUCUGCCAACAGAGAAGAGAUGGGAAACAAGAUUGCUAUGGAAACAAGACGUCGUCGAUUUACCCGAUUCACUUCCUAUGGCGUGCCGUCGACUAAUGUGCUUGGAAGCCAAGAUGAAGCGGGAUCCUGAACUCCACCGUUUUAUCGUCGACAAAAUUGACGAUUACAAGAAAAAGGGUUACAUACGCAAAUUGGAGUCACUUGAAACAUCGAUAGGUGGCAGAUCGUGGUACCUUCCCAUAUUGACGGUGCUCAACGUUAACAAAAACAAAACUAGAUUGGUAUGGGACGCUGCAGCCAAAGCUGGAAAUACUGCACUUAACAACAUGCUGUUAAAAGGACCUGAUCAGCUAAACUCGAUGAUGGGUAUUCUUCUUCGAUUCCGCGAAAGGCCCUUUGCAAUAUGCGGAGAUUUACGCGAGAUGUUUCACCAAAUUAAGGUAGCCAAAGAGGACCAAGUGGCGCAGAAGUUUUUAUGGCGCGACGGUGAGUCUAAACGGCAGCCAGAUGUAUAUGCCAUGUGUGUGUUGACUUUCGGCGCUUCGUGUUCUCCUUCGCUAGCGAACUACGUAAAAAACCAAAAUGCACAACGUUUUUCCGAAAAUUAUCCCGAAGCUGUACAAGCCAUUAUAAAUAACACUUUCGUCGAUGAUUGUCUUCAGAGUGCAGACAAUGAGGAAGAGUUAUCCCGUUUGGCUACUGUUGUUCGCUGGAUCCAUAACGAAGGAGGUUUCGAGAUGCGAAACUGGGUAUCCAACUCCAAGAAAACUUUGACUGCCCUCUCUGCUAACAGCACGCUGCUAUCCAGAUGUUUUGAGGAGCCUGAAGCUACUAUCGAAAAGGUGCUUGGAAUGUGGUGGUUACCAGCGUCGGAUGAGCUUACCUUUGUGGAAAAGUUUCCUAAAGAAGUUUUUGAUGAGCACACAUUUCCAUCGAAGCGACAAGUUUUGCGUACAAUCAUGAAAAUAUUCGAUCCCCUUGGACUACUCGGGUAUGUCAUCAUACAAGCAAAAAUCAUUCUACAGGACAUUUGGCGUUCAGGUGUUAAUUGGGACGAGCCUAUCAGAGAGGAUGAUCGCAGUAACUGCUGUAGCCAGAGUAACCAGUUGCACAUUUUCGUGGAUGCAAGUAUCAACGCUUAUGCUGCUGUGGCGUAUUUGCGUGCUGAAGUUGGUAACGCGGUGAACUGUUCAUUGCUGGCUUCGAAGACAAGGGUCACACCAUUGAAGCCCAUUUCAAUACCGAGGUUGGAGUUAAUGGCAGCAGUUCUGGGUCUGCGGUUGGCAAUUUUUAUAGGCAAGCAACUUUCUGUUCAGGUAAGCCGUAGAAUUUUUUGGACAGAUUCGAAAAACGUGAUAUGCUGGGUGCGUUCAGAUGCAAGAAAGUUCCAUCAAUUUGUUGCGUUACGUGUCGGCGAAAUUCUUGAGGGUUCCAGCGCUAAAGAGUGGAGGUGGUUGCCAUCUUCUGAAAACAUCGCUGAUGAGGGCACAAAAUGGUCCGACGUUCGCCAUUUUGACGACAAUGCACGCUGGUUUCGAGGGCCAAAGUUCUUAGCCCAGCCCGAAUCUAGUUGGCCUGUAGGGGAGCUAGUAGGCACUACAGCAGAGCUGCAUCACAUAAGUACAAGUACACCAUUGUCCCCUACCCUGUCAGUAAUUUCUCCAGACGUACGAAGGUUUAGCACAUGGGAGAGACUGCUUUCCACACAACAAAUUGUUCUGCGUUUCCUGCGCCGGAUCUUGAAGUUUACGCCACGUUCGCUACUAAAACUUUUCGAAUUGCGCGAUAUUGAAGCAGCAGAGCAAAUUCUUAUUGCCGUAAGUCAAGAAAAUGCGUUUAGCGAAGAAGUCAAAAGCCUACAACACGGUCAAAAUAUUCAACGGCAGUCUGCUAUAUAUAAAUGGUCGCCGUAUCUGGACGAGGUUGGGAUUCUUCGCGUGAAAGGUCGAAUCGACUUCUUAGAAGGAGUAGCAGUCGAUGUGAAGCGACCUGUAAAACUGCCGAAAAAUCAUACAGUAACGCGUUUGAUAAUUGAUUUCUACCAUAGAAAAUUUCACCACCAUCAUAAUGAGAUUAUUGUCAAUGAGAUGCGCCAGCGAUACUGCGUCGGUUAUUUGCGAUCGAUGGUAAAAGAGUGCUCCAAAAGAUGCCAAAUGUGUCGCAAUCGUAAAGCUAAGCCGCAACCAACUCAAAUGGGAAGUCUACCUGUAGAACGACUGUCACCAUUUACAAAGCCAUUCACGAAGCCAGGAGUGGACUAUUUUGGCCCUAUCGACGUAGCUGUUGGCCGGCGGCGUGAAAAACGUUGGGGCGUGUUAUUUACGUGCCUGACGAGUCGUGCCGUUCACAUCGAGAUCGCGGCGUCGUUGUCAACGGAGACAUUCCUGCUAAUGUUGAAAUUGUUCGUGUGCCGCAGAGGAGUCCCGAAGCGCAUUGUGUCAGACAACGGCACAAAUUUUCGUGGUGCCAGCCGAGCACUUAUCAGCGAGAUAGAAAGGGUGUCAUCCGAUGGCCUAGAGAGAAGACAUCCCCAAAUCGAGUGGUCCUUCAUUCCGCCCUCGGCUCCUCACAUGGGUGGGGCAUGGGAGCGAAUGAUACAGUCAACAAAAUCAAUUUUAAUGGAUAUUACGCACGAAGCAAUACUACGUGAAGAAGUUCUAAGGGCCACUUUAGCGGACAUUGAAAAUAUUCUUAAUUCAAGACCUCUGACAUAUGUGCCCUUGGAGACUGCAGACGACGACGCACUUACGCCCAAUCACUUUUUGUUAGGAAACUCAAGCGGAAUUCGCGAAUCAGGUUGUGAUGACGACAGGGGCAAAUAUCUCGGCGACGUGAUUAAUUCAUCGCUGGCGCUUAACAAUGGUUGCUUAAUACACGACAACGAGAGACAGAAGCGACAACAUUGGCGUCAACGGCCACAGGAUAUUGGUGACAUAGGAGAGUGGCAAGUGAAGGAGGCGCUACUAUGCACGUACAAAUUCAACAUAACCGCAGGCGUGCAAACAACAUAA